AUGAGACUUAUAAGAAGAGGUGUAGGACUGUUCCAUGUGUUGCGUAAAAUUACACGGCAUUACAGUGCUGCUAAUAAUAGAUAUGAUGUCAUUGUGGUGGGAGGAGGGCAUGCUGGGACUGAAGCUGCCUGUGCAUCAGCGAGAAUGGGAGCUAACACGCUAUUGGUUACACAUAAAAAGGAAACUAUAGGUGAAAUGUCCUGCAAUCCUUCAUUUGGUGGAAUCGGUAAAGGUCACCUGGUGAAAGAAAUUGAUGCCUUGGACGGUGUUUGUGGCAGGAUUUGUGAUUUGUCUGGAGUUCAAUACAAGGUGUUAAACAGAAGAAAAGGACCAGCUGUUUGGGGUCCACGAGCUCAAAUAGAUCGUAAACUAUACAAGAAACAUCUGCAGUCUGAAAUAUUUAAUAUGGCCAAUUUAACAAUACUAGCUAGUCCAGUAGAAGAUCUAAUUCUAGAAGAUCUGCCUGUUUCUAACAACAGUGAUAUUUUAAAACAUGCCUGUCAUGGAAUAAUAUUAGAAAAUGGAGAAAGAAUUGAAAGUAAGACUGUUGUCUUGACAACUGGUACGUUUCUACGAGGAACGAUAAACAUCGGAUUAUACAGUCGUCCUGCUGGUAGAUUAGAUGAUGAACCUGCCAUUGGAUUGGCUAAAAGUUUAGAGAAGGCGGGGUUUAGAUUGGGACGACUGAAAACGGGAACCCCUCCAAGACUUGAUAAAAACACAAUAGAUUUCAGUAAAACUGUAAAAUUGGGUGGAGAUGAUACACCACUUCCUUUCUCCUUUAUGAAUGACAGAGUUUGGAUCAAGCCAGAAGAUCAGUUGCCGUGCCAUCUUACAUAUACUGGUGAUGGCGUGAGAGAUGUUGUCAUGGAGUCACUAGAUCAAAAUAGACAUGUAAAAGAGGAGAUUAGUGGUCCAAGAUUUUGUCCGUCAAUAGAAUCGAAAAUCCUGCGAUUUCCACCACGGCAACACCAGGUUUGGCUGGAACCAGAAGGGCUGGAUAGCGACCUGAUUUAUCCUCAGGGAAUCUCCUGUACCAUGCCAGAAGAAUACCAGCAGAAAUUAGUUAAUACAAUUCCAGGAUUAGAAGAUGCUAAAAUUGUAAAACCAGGUUACGGAGUAGAAUAUGACUAUAUAGACCCACGACAACUCAAACCCUCCCUAGAAACAUUACGAAUAAAUAACCUAUAUCUAGCUGGUCAGAUCAACGGAACUACUGGGUAUGAGGAGGCAGCAGCACAGGGUAUAAUAGCUGGUAUUAACGCUAAACUGAAAGUAGAGGAGAGACCAGCGUUUAUUAUUGAUAGAACUCUGGGAUAUAUUGGGGUAUUAAUAGAUGACCUGACGACCCACGGAACUAACGAACCGUACAGGAUGUUUACAAGUCGAGCAGAAUUUAGAUUAUAUUUACGUCCUGAUAAUGCUGACUUCAGAUUAACACCGAAAGGAUAUGAAGCUGGGUGUGUAAGUAAGGAGAGAUAUCAAAAAACACAAACGUUACAAGAUGAAUUAAACAGAAAUAUCAUGUUAUUCAAAUCAGUCAGAAUGCCUCAUGAAAAUUGGAGACAAAAAUUAGAAUUGAAGGCAAGAGGCAAUACUGACUGGAAGAGUGCCUAUGAUAUGUUACGUAAUCCUGAAACAUCGUUUAGCAAAAUGGUGGAGGUCUGCCACGAACAGUUCGGCCAUCUGAAAAAUAAUAAAUAUUUAGAAGAUAAAAUUAUUAUCGAAUCUUGUUAUGCCAGUGAGCUAGAAGAACAGAAGUAUGAAAUCGAGGAAAUGAAACGAGAAUCAGAAUUAUUAUUACCACAAGAUAUUGACUAUUUUAGUUUAAAUGUAUCCAAAGAUUCCCAGAUGAAAUUAGCAGAAGCCAGACCUGCAACAAUUGCUUCAGCCAGUAGAAUUCCAGGAAUAACUCCGGCAGCUGUCUAUAUAUUAUUAAAAUACGUUAAAAGACAACAGAAUAUUCUCACCACAGAUUGCUCCUAGCAUAUACUCGGACUAGAAACUUGUAGUGUUAGUUACUAGGGAGUGGAAGUGGACACCAAGCCAACUCUCGGAAGCACUGGUGCAGAUCUCCGAAUUUGUUUCUUACCUUGAGCAGGAUUUGAACAAUUAGGUAUAAGUGGGUGAUAGCCAACACCAGGCUGACUCUGGGAAGCACAGGCGCAGAUCUCCGACUUUUUCUUACCUUGAGGAAGAUUUAAAUCCACAGCACCUCACUGCCUUGCAGACGACAAUCUAAUCCAGUUAGCUACAGACUGAGUUAUUCCACUGUCACUGUGUUAGUGAUUAGGGAGGUUGAUAAGAAACCAGUAACUAUUGACAAGCAAUUAGUCACUAUUCAACAGAAAGCACUGUGUUUAAAUGUGUUUUCAUGUUAAUUUAAAAUGAAUUAAAAUCAAAGAAGAAAUCAAAUAAGGUUAUCAUGUAUAUAUGAUUAUACAUGGACUUAAAUUGAUAAUACAUUUACUAAUUGGCACUAAUAAUGAUAAUAAAACAGGACAUAGCUUUCUUUUUACAAAGGAAAGUAAUUCGCUGUAAAUGUGUUAGUGUAAAGGAUGGGAGAAAUCAUUUCAACAUCAAUCAAACCAUAAACUAACUCCAUACUGGUUCACAACAGGCAUGGCAGAGCCACAAAUGCAGCAGGGAAUGACUUAGCCACCUCAUGUUGAAAGAGCCUGGUCCAAAUACUAACUCCAAAUGAUAUUAUUCUAUAUAACUAAGCAUGUGAUUCAGAGCCUUCUUCUCAAAAAACUUGAUGUUGAUGAAAACCAGAUUUAUUUGAAUGUGAUUGAUAUAUAAAACUGAAUUUAAAAUUGAUUUUAGUGAUUGAUCAAUUGGAUGAAGACAAUAGGGGGAUGAUUAGUUUGUGAGUUUAUUUACAGUGUGGUAAAAAAAAAGGAUUGCC